GGGGCUGCGAACGAGGGUAGAACUGAGCCAGCCGGAAAGGGAAGCGCGAACGGGCGCCAGAGCAUCUUCCUGUCCCGACCUGGCUCGGGGGCCAACUAGUGACAAUGGCGGGGAAGUGGAGGCUCUGGGAGGAGCACAAGAGGGGGCCCGAAAAAUUGGAGCUCAAGGUCGUAGGGUUGGGCCUGGGAAGGGCAAAGCUCUGGUUCCCAUGGAAACAAGAUGACACAGGAUCCCGAGGGCAGGGCGAGCACAGUGCGAAAAAGACAGUGAGUUUCCCUUGCCGCCCACAAGGAGCGGGAAACAGAGGCGCCAGAGAACCGAAGGCUCAGGUGUAUUCGGCCAAGGAAGUUAAGCAGCUCAGGGCUGGGCCGGCCAGGACUGCGGUGGGGUGGGACCCCAGGGGUUGCUGUGCAGCGCCGAGACCCGUUGAACACAGAACCAAGAAAUUGCUAAAACUUUCCUCACGGGGACGCCGUAUCCGUCUGUCGCAGUCCCCUGACACUAUCUCCUUGGCAGUCACCCUCAGUGAACUACAGCAAGACCUGGGGGAUAAACGCUGGGAUUCCUGUCGCAAGUUUGCUGAGGACUCCAGUGGUCCCCCUCCACCGUAUCUCACUUUCAUAAAUAAUUUUUUCAAGCCAGAGAAGCCAACAACAGCAGCGAUGAGGCUUAAAGAAACGACCGUGGAACUGAUGACGCUGGACAAGCAAAUAAAACAAGCUCAAAUUCGGCAAGUACCGCUAAUGAAGGAAACUUGGCAGCUACUCACUGAAAAGUUACAAGUCCAGGAUGAAAAUAAAUUCUUUCUGGAAUACCUGACCAACGAAACUGAGAAGUACAGAGGGCAAUUUGAGAAGCUGUGGAACAACUAUUUACAAAGAAGUGGGGCGAUUGAAAGAAAGAGACAAGAAUCCGCCUCCAAACAUGCGAAACAAACUUCAGAGCUUAAAACAGAGGUCUUGCAGAAGGAAAAGAUCCAAUCCGAUUUGAAGCAGCAGUUGCAGGUACUGAGGGACGUUUCACUAUUAAAAGAGAAACAGGAGCAAGCCAUAAAGGCAUUAGAGGAGGAGAAAAAGCAAGUCCAAGCUGAGACAGCUGCAAAGAAACAGGAAGUCCAAGUCCAGUACCUCCAGGAAAAAGCAUUACUGGAGAAACAACUGAGUGAGCCAGACGUGAGGCAGUUGGGAAAGAGAAAACAAAAGCUUAACAGGAAGACCCAGGCCUUGGAGUCGGCAGCAGAGAAUUAUGCUUUUGAGUUCUACCGCGGUGUCUGCAGAGAGAACCAGCAGUUACAGAAGGAAUUACUGCAGCAAACUUGGCAGUGCCAGAAGUUGCAGGCUACUCAAAGACAGUUCAAAAAUCAGAAGCAGCAGCUGCAGCAAGAACAGUGGUAUGUGGAGAGUUUAAUCCGGGGGAGGCAGCGACUGCAAGGCAUGCGCCAAAGACAAGGACCCCCUCCCUUAGGCACCAAAAUCAAGGAUGAAUCCACAGUAAUUCCUAACAUAUGAUUGAUGAAAUAAGGACUAGAGCAAAUAUUCUUAGGUGCUGCGUAACAGGAAGGCUUUGGGAUCUCAUUGCUAUGGUAAAAUAGCCAUGAUGUUUUCGUGUGAAGGUUGGCCAAGGAAGAUCUGUCUUUUUGUCUGCUUUACUAUGAAGGAAAUGAAGCAGGGUGAUGUUACAGAAAGUGUGUUCAGGUGGGAAAGACCUCUGAGGUGAAAUUUAGGUUGAGACUUGAAUGAUAAAAUGAAGUAUACAAUGCAAACGGGGGGUAAAAAUCAUUCCAAGUAAAGGGAACAGUGAAUGCAAAGGCCCUAAAAUGGGAAUGAACUUGGCUAACAUGUAGUUGGGGAAUGGUCAGAGAACAUGGGUAGAGCAGAGGAAGAUGAGGCUCAAAGAUCAGCAGUAGGAACACAAAGGGCCUUAUAGGAUAAGUAAAGGGAGUCACUUAUUCUAAGUGCACUGAGAAACCAUUAGGCUUUCAGCAGGUGAACAAAGUCUGAUUUACAGUUUUAAAAACUCACUACAACCUUCUUAUGUGGAGUAUCCAAGCCAGUAAAAAGCAGAAGAAACCAAUUAAGAAGCUACUGUAGUCUAGGCAAGAGGUGAUGAUGGUUCCAACUGAGAUGGUAGAAACAGACGUGAAGACAUGGGAUCAGACUAUUGUUGGGUGGUGGGAAAAUCAAAGGUUAAGAUGAAGCAGAAGAAAAUUUUCUAGUUUUCCCUUUGAAGGAGAUAAGCAGAAUAUAUUUUUUUGAUUGUGUGAACUGAUUUUUAAAAUAAAAUAUUUCAGACAUACAAAAAAAUGUAAAGCUAUGAGAAAUUCACUAUCCACCUUAAGAAAUAAGAACUUCCAAACUCACUUGUAGUCCCUCUGGAUCCCAGCACUAUACUAAAUUUGGCGUUUAUCAUUCCUGUGCAUGUUCACACUGUUUACAUAUAUUAAAAUAUAAACAUAAUAAAUAUAUUUGUAUAUACUAUACUUUUAUAUUUACACAAAUCCAUAAACAAUAUAGAGCAUUUUUGCAUGUUUUUAAAUCUUAUAUAAAUGGUACACUUGAUGUAUUCUGUAACUUGCUUUUCCCAGACAUUAUUUUUGAGAUGUAUUCAUGAUACAAGAAGCUCUAAUUAAUUUCA